GAACGUCGGCAACACUCGAUCGAGAGAGAUUCAGAUUUACAUGAAGAUAUGGAAUGUUUGAAGAAAAAAGGAAAAUAUUUUACGAUUGAAGUAAGCAAAUACACAUAGAGAUCUGCAGAAUAUUUUGAAAUUUUUAUCUAACAGACAGCAUGAACGACGAAAAGUAUUCGUGUCACGAUGUACAUCGUGAUGUACUGUACGUGUUAGUUUUGGCGGAGUUCUGCAUGGAAGUGUUCGAUGGCGAAUUUCAACACAUUACAGAGUGGAUGUAUUUGAAUGGUACCAGGGUGUCAGCCCAACUGCCAAUCAAGUUGCAUGUAGAAUCUGCUACCAAUGUUGUAGCACAAGUGAACACCAAACAACUAGCAGAUAGGAACAGAGACGCCAUAUGCCACAGACAGCAUAGAAUCUUGAGAGAAGAACUCACAACAAAAGAAAGGCUUUGUUGACCACAUGUUGGAGGUGUGCAAUUAAGAGUUUGCCACAUCAAAUAUUGAAAAAGUUUCAACAACGUCUGAUGAAAAUGAUGCGAAAGAUGAAUAAACAGGGAGAAAUUCUGUCUUGGUCACUCAUUGGAGUUGGAGAGAUUAUCAAGAAUCAUGCCUUGAUGUGCUUCAGUUUUUUGUGAUUACAUGGAUAAUCACUGCUUUCUUGAACAAGUGGACUGUUCAAUUUUGCGAGAAAGACAAAUCUUAUUUGGUAACUUUUGUAGCUGAAUGCUGGUCAACAUUCAAAUGCGAACAAAAUGGAUAUUACUAUUUUUGUUCCUUUGCAAAUUUGCAAAUAUGAAUGUAAACUAAUAAUUAAAUAACACUGUCAAUUGUCACUAUCACUUAAUUCCUGAAACUCUAGCACCAAC